CGCCUCAACUUCAGUUGGCAAAGUCGAUCCAAGCACUCAGCACGAUGACUACCGAGGAAUCCACCGGUGACUCUAAGCUUCCCAAGAUCACCGAGCUGGCGGAGCACUCCAAUCCAUCAGAUCUCGGCCAGAAAGAUGCCAACAAAUCAGAGGCUGCCGAUUUUGAGACGGCCAUCGAUUCGGCCGGAUUCGGGAUGUUCAACAUGCUGUUGCUCAUUUCCGCCGUACCAGCUGCGAUGGGAACCGUGUACGAAACCUCAACGAUGUCCUACAUCCUGCCCAGUGCAGAGUGCGACCUGCAGCUGAGCCUCCUGGACAAGGGAAUACUGAACGCGAUCACCUAUGCCGGCAUGAUCAGUUCGGCGGUGAUGUGGGGCUACUUGGCGGAUACAAAGGGGAGAAGAAAUCUACUGAUUGUUGGAUUCGCGGCCGAUACUUUUUGUGUGUUGGGUGGAGCUCUCAGCCAGUCGGUGCUUCAGUUGAUGAUCUUCAAGUAUCUGGGGGGUUUCUGCAUGAGUGGACCGUUUGCCGUUCUGAUGACGUAUCUGACGGAACUCCAUGGCCGGCAGCAUCGGCAGAGAAUAAUGAUGAUCGUGGGCAUUAUGUUUUCGAUAGCCACUCUAACCCUACCCGGACUGGCCAUGCUGAUUCUGCCCCAGCAAUGGGAUAUUCAAAUAUGGAACUUAUCGCUUACAUCGUGGCAAGUUUUUGUGGCCAUCACCGCCCUGCCCAGUUUCCUGAGCUUCGUACUCUUCUUUUUCUUUCCCGAGAGCCCCAAGUUUCUGAUGUCCAAGGGCCGGAAUGAGGAGGCCAUGGCCGCCUUCCAGUUCAUAUAUCACCUGAACACCCGCAAGCCCAAGGACUCUUUUCCAAUUAAGCUGUUGGCGAAUGAAGUCAUAGUGCCAGUUAAGAAGCACAAAGACAUAGCUGAGGUCAAGAGCAGUGAGGUCAAGGACCAGGAUCCCGAACAGGCUUCAACAAAGCCGGCAAAGAAGCCCUCAGGAGUCUCCCAGCUACGACCCUUGUUCCGUAAACCCUAUUUGGGUCUCUCACUCUGGGUUUAUCUUCUCAACUUUUGUGUACUCCUGGGUCAGAACACUAUGCGACUGUGGCUGCCACAACUGUUCGCCUCCAUCAACGAGUAUGAGAAUCUGAUGGGCGAUGAGAGCGAUUCUACGAGUAUCUGCAAUAUUUUGGAGUACAGCGUCAAUCGCACCCAACAGCAACUCGCUGCCGCCGCUCUCAAUAGCCCGGAUGUGGUGUGCAAAGUUAAUAUCACACCCUCGACCUACACCAAUAAUUUGAUUGUGGCUGCCGCCGGUCUAGUGGCCUAUAUGGUGGCUGGAUUUUUGGUCAAUCUGGUUGGCGUUAAAAGGAUAAUGACGUUGGGCCUGUUCUGUGCCGGAUGCCUGUCGAUUGGGAUGUAUUGGUCCAACUCGGCGAUUGUCACGGUCGCCAUAGCCUCCCUGUUUGUGACCAUGGGCAGUAUAUCGGCCACAUCGGUGAUCAGUGCGUCGGUUAAUCUAUUUCCCACAUCGCUCAGAACUAUGAUAGUAUCGCUGGAAAUGAUGUUCGGUCGGUUGGGUUCUCUUCUGGGGAAUAUUUUCUUCCCAGCUCUAAUGGGUCUGGGCUGUGUGCCGCCCUUCUUUAUGAUCAGUUUGUUUAUGUUUUCUGGCUCUUUGAUGGCUGCCUUCUUGCCGCUGAAAAACAAAGCCGUUCUGAAGUAAACCGACUGCAACCUCCAACUUCUGUAUAUAAAUACUAUUUAAAUUAGUUUGUAGUUUCUCCUCCUUUUUUUUUGUUUGUUUUGUAUUCUCCCCUUUUUUUUUGGCUUUGCUUUAAUCAAAAGUUAAUUUAUUUUAGAUGGAAAGUCUUCUAGGAUUAAGCAAUUUGUAUGCAAUUUCAUUUCUCCUGUCAAUUACACGAAUUCCUCGCCAUCAAUUACCAUAAA